UUCAUUUCCGGUUUGCAAAUCUAGUUUGUAUUAGUCGCAUUUUGUUUAUGUAUCGAUAGUUACUGCUUAGUAUCACAACUCUAGCAGUGAAACUAGUGAACAGUCUAACAUGAAGCCCAAUAAAUCCACACAGGUAUAUGUGACAAUGAUACAGAGAAAGAAGCGAAACAGUACAGACCCAUCAAACCUCCCGAGAGGAUUACCUAGAGCUGCAGUUCAAUUUGCUGCUACUGGCGACACCAAUCGAAUUAGAAAGCCGAAGCAAACGCUUAUUUCAAAAGUUAAAAUACGUAUUUGUUGCGAAGUCUGUUCCAAUCCAUUGUCACCUAAUAUUAUUCGCAAAAUUAAAAGGAGCCUGAGAAACAAGUGCACCAAUCGGAGUAAUCUACUAUCCCAUAAGACAAACGCUGAUCUUUCAAAUAUUAGUCGUAGAAUUGAGAAUAACCUAGCAACCUUAGAAUUGACUGAAAAAUUUAAGCAAGCUAUGAAUAUUGGAAGUGAUGAAGAAAAGUUGGAAUUGCAGACUAACCAAGAUGUUCCGGUACCAAAUACUGUGACUCAAGAAUAAUGAAAACUAUAAUUUUUAGUUUGUCCUUUAGCAGCUGUACAUGUAGUUAUAAUUUUAUGUAAAUAAAAUUGCUUAUGACAAACAAAUGA